AUGGGCACCUUAAGAUCGUCCCAACUAGAAGUCCUAGUACAAGGUCAUUGGUACUGGGUGUCGGCUUCAUUAGAUGAGACUAGUCUCACGUUGAAGACUUUAGACCCAGAAUCCGACCCUAACACCUCAAAUCGACCAGCUACUGGGGUUGAGAAUGAAAUGAGAUUCGUGAGGAUUCAGAAGACUGACGGUAAUGGACUUGGAAUCAGUAUCACAGGCGGAGCUGAGAAUGGCAGACCUAUUGUGAUAAGGUGAGAUUUCAAUAGCGCAAUAACUUUCAACGUAUUUUAUAUUUGAAAAGGUUGUAGAAUUCCCUAGUUACACAAAAAUAAGAAUAAAAGCAUUACAACCUAAGUACUGUCCCAUAAAAACUAACCAUAACAUAGUGAAUACAAUGUACAAAGACCAUGAAAACUAUAGUAAUGUAAAAACAACUGUUAUCACAACUUGUUUUCAGUAAAAUCUUCCCGGGAAUGGCAGCCGACUUAACAGGUCAACUAUUUGUAGGAGAUGCAAUCUUAUCAGUGAAUGGCGAGUCACUCGUCAAUUCCAAACAUGACGAAGCCGCUCGAGCUUUGAAGAGAGCUGGGAAGGUGGUGGAUCUACAAGGUAACUUGAGUAUCUUAAUAUAGCCUUUAGAAGCUGAAAACUUUAGAAGCUGAUUAUGUCAGGUUAUGUCCUUUUCUAACUAGACUAGCUGCCUUGUUAAGUGCAAUAUUGUUAGAGCUAUUACUUUUAUAAAAUGAAGUAACACGUAACGUAAAUUGAAGAUUGAAUGUAACAACCUUUUUCAGUAAAAUAUGCCAAAGAUACGUAUCAUCCGGAGAACUUUCUGGACAUAAUCGAAUGGGACAAUGACAUGACCUUACACCGACCUCAGAUGCGACGAUUUAACCUCAAACUCUCGUUUGUCACACGGUAAGCUCAAAUAUUAUGAUAACAUUGAAAUUUAGGCAACAAGUGAUUACCGUAACUUUCAAAAUAGUAUUCAUCGCAAUACUAUACUAAUAAGUAAAGUAACACAAACUUAAAACAUUACUAUGGAACUGCUUAUAAAACAUUAAAUAUAAUAUAAACACCCUUUCGACCGAUUUCUAACCCCACACCUCUUGUUUAGAACCAGCCUAGAUAGAGAAGAUAUAGAGAAUCGAACAUUCGAAAUAAGAUCUCACAGUGCACAUUACGUACUCACACUCAGAUGCAUGAAUGCUAUGGAAGCGGACUCCUGGUUUGAAAGUGUUCAUGUCUGUGUAGAUGCUCUUCUGACACAAUCUCUAGCCCAAGUCAACCUAAUAUUGGGCCAAAACCCACAAGUUAGGAAGAUGGGAUGGCUAGCUGAACAGGUAAACAAACAAAACAUUACAUUAGGAUGAGUCAGAGUACCAAAUUAUUAAAGAUUAAUUAAGCAUAACCUAAUUACUGACAACAUGACUACAUGAAACCUCAAACAUAACCAUUAAUUCCAGACCGUCCAAGACGGAAUCCUAGUCUGGAAUCCCGUGUUCGCGGCGCUGACACUGAACGACCUCCUCCUUUAUGACUCGGUACCUGCUAUCAAACAAGAAUGGGCCACCCCCACCACCACCCGCCCUCUCAUUGCCACGAGAGUAGUACAAACAACUGCCCGCACCUAUCCCGUAAUAAGUGGCCUAUCAGAUGUCAUCAGUUUCACCAUUCGCACGGGUACUCAAGAUGGAAUCCGCUCCAAUCUGCUUCGAGUCGAAACACAUCGCGAGCUCUCGGCCUGGGUCAAGUCUAUCAUCCACUGCACGUACGAGGCCUGUACCGACACGGCGCAGGUUACAGCACGUGAGUUUUUUACAGUUACAUUAGUCAAGCCAUAUUAAAAGUACCCUUUUCUAUUGAAAAUCCAAUGAAAUGACCAAGAUAGUUUUUAAGAGUAUAUGACACUUUUAAAGCAACAUCACUUUCAGCAUGUAUCUGGCAAGACCAAGAAUGUCAGCUAGUAAUCGACCUAGAGAAAGGAGUGGCCCUGAACAACAAAGUAGGCAGUGAACUCCUAUGGCAACAUCCAUUUGAGUCCAUUCGAGCUACAGGAGAUGACGGUCGUCAAUUCCUGUGGAUAGACUUUGGCCCACCAACUGGCGAACAAGAACUCGACCUUCUCGGAUCCCCCAAGGCCGUCGUCUUCAUCUUACAUUCCUUCCUCGCCACGAAAGUGUACCAAUUGGGACUAUACGCUUAA